UGGGACCGUGAAAGUAUGGCGGAUGCCGAGGAGCCGGAGAAGAAAAGACUGCGAAUAGAGGACGUGAACGAGAAAAUGGCUGUCGAUGGUGGACACAGGGACGGUGGUUGCGACUGGGACGGCCGGUGGAAUCAUGUGACCAAGUUUUUGGAGAGACCUGGCCCGUUCACCCACCCGGACUUUGAGCCAAGCACUGAGUCUCUACAGUUCCUGUUGGAGACAUGCACGGUUCUGGUCAUUGGAGCUGGAGGGCUUGGAUGUGAACUGCUCAAAAAUCUGGCCCUGUCUGGGUUUCGCCUCAUUCAUGUGGUCGACAUGGACACCAUUGAUUUGUCCAACCUCAACAGGCAGUUCCUUUUCAGGCCCAAAGAUGUUGGACGACCAAAGGCAGAAGUGGCUGCCGACUUCAUCAACAGUCGUGUCCCUGGAUGUAAAGUGGUCCCUCACUUCAAAAAGAUCCAAGACUUUGAUGAUUCUUUCUACAGGCAGUUCCACAUCAUCGUCUGUGGACUGGACUCCGUCAUUGCCCGCCGCUGGAUGAACGGGAUGCUGAUAUCCCUCCUGAGCUAUGAAGACGGAGUCCUGGACCCCAGCUCCAUCAUCCCGCUCAUUGACGGAGGAACAGAGGGCUUCAAAGGAAACGCCCGAGUCGUCCUCCCCGGCAUGACGGCGUGCAUCGACUGCACACUGGAGCUGUACCCGCCACAGAUUAAUUUCCCAUUGUGCACAAUUGCGUCAAUGCCGAGGCUACCGGAACAUUGCAUUGAAUAUGCCAGAAUCUUACAGUGGCCCAAAGACAAACCAUUUGGAGAGACCAGCUUGGAUGGAGACGAUCCAGAGCACAUCCACUGGGUGUUUGAAAGAGCCCAAGAAAGAGCGGCACAGUUUAACAUCACAGGAGUGACAUACCGACUCACUCAAGGAGUUGUGAAGAGGAUCAUUCCUGCUGUGGCAUCCACCAAUGCUGUUAUUGCUGCUGCCUGUGCCGCUGAAGUUUUUAAAAUUGCAACAAGUUCGUAUAUUCCUUUGAACAAUUACCUGGUCUUUAAUGACGUGGACGGACUGUAUACCUACACUUUUGAAGCCGAACGAAAGGAAAAUUGUUCAGCAUGCAGCCAGGUGCCUCAGGAUCUCCAAUUCCCUUCUUCUGCCAAAUUACAGGAUGUUUUAGAGUACCUCACGGAGAACGCCUCUCUUCAGAUGAAAUCCCCGGCCAUCACCACGACUCUGGAAGGGAAGAACAAGACGCUGUAUCUGCAGUCUGUUAAGUCCAUCGAGGAACGAACAAGGCCAAACCUCUGCAAGACUUUGAAAGAGCUGGGCUUGUCGGAUGGACAGGAACUGGCCGUGGCCGACGUCACCACGCCGCAGACGGUUCUCUUCAAGCUCAAUUUCACCACCUGAGCGUUCAUUGCGAAAGUGCUGUUGGCUUUAGUCUGAGUGCAUCUGAAUGCAAACGGAUAUUACGGGGAUGUUGCAUUAGCCCUUUAGAUACGAUGAUGUAAAUAAGAUGAGUGAGGUUUCGCUUUAUUGGACUGGUUGAAAUAGGAAUAUGAAAUCCUUGAACCAAAUGUAUUUUUUAUUAUUAUUAGGAACGGUUCUUGUUGUAUUUGUCUCUGUUUGGACUUCUAUUGUAGCUAUAUCCAAUGUCAAUCAAAUAAGAAUAUGAUGUGCACUUUGCUCUAAUAAAGUUGUAUUAUGGUUCCAGAAAAAAA